UACUAUUGUAAAACGUCAACGGAGCAUUUCAUAACCCGAUGGUGCACAACAGAUCAUCACGAUUCAGAACGACAGCCCGCUUUUUCACGAGAAAACCUCACUGAGCUCCUUAGAAUUUCAAGAACUGUGAAAGAUUGUUGCCUUCAGAGCAAGGGAUUUGAGUUGCGAAGAAGCGUGACUAUACUUCAUCAAACCUAAAGAUGAGAAUGUUGUUGUUUUUGACUUGUGUUUCUGUGUUUAUUCUUUCCCAUCACGUUGCUAUGGCAGCAAACAUUACACGUUAUGAAGAUGAACUGAUGAAGGUGCUCUUUAAAGACUAUAACAAGGAAACACGGCCCGUGCUCAACCAAUCACAGGCUGUUUCCGCUAAGUUUGGGAUUGCACUCAAAGAAGUCCUGGAUAUGGACGAGAGAAAUCAAAUCUUAACAACUAAUGUGUGGGUUAGACAGACUUGGAAGGACUCUAUGCUUUCAUGGAACUCGUCACAUUUCGGCGGACUUACGUCAAUUAACAUAGACCCGAGUUUUGUGUGGAAACCUGAUAUCGUUUUAUAUAACAACGUCAACGACGAGGACCGCGGUGAGCAAUAUCUGUUCAACACGAAAGUUAUCAUCUACAGUACCGGCGACAUCGAGUGGUAUUCACCCAACAUACUCAAAACACACUGCAAGAUAGACAUCCAAUAUUUCCCCUUCGACACCCAGACCUGUAAACUCACAUUCGGGUCUUGGACUUACAACGGCUUGAAAAUAGACGUUACGUUUUUCCGCGGGAUAGCAGGUGCAGACAUCUCGACAUACUCGCACAACGGAGAAUGGGAGCUAGUAUCAGCGGAUGCCGUGCGAAAUGUCGUAAAGUAUAGUUGUUGCCCAGAGCCGUACCAAGACUUGACGUACAAGAUCAAGAUCAAAAGGAGAUCUAUGUUUUACGUGAAUAACCUUAUUUUACCCUGCAUCCUCCUCGCGCUUCUGACGGGCCUGUCUUUUCUCUUCCCGCCAGAGACUGGGGAGAGGAUCUCAUUGGUCGUCACGGUGUUGCUAGGAAUGACUGUCUUCAUGAUUAUCUUCACCGAAGCCAUCCCGGCGACAUCAGAAGCGACGCCUCUGAUUGGAAAAUACUUCGCCGCCGUGUUGAUUGAAAUCUCGUUGUGUUUACUGGCGACUUGUGUACCGCUUCGGCUGCAUCACCAUCACCCAGGAACAGAAGUCCCACCAUGGGCGAAAUUCAUAAUCUUCGAUAUCAUUGGCACGUUGUGCUGUUACAAAUGCGGCAGAAAAAAGCAGAAAACAAAUGUAAACUUCAUCGAACUGGAGACCGAGAAACACAAGAAAGGCAACGGAGAAGCGACUGUCAUCGAGAACGGCUUUCUGGAGGACUUUAGUGGGGAGAACGUGAGAGCUCGCAAUCCCAGAAUGCAAUUCUCUCCCUCGCUCGACCGCGCUGAGGAUAACAGCCUCGCCGUCAUGACGAGGCACUACGAGAAGGUUCAUCACGAGGAAAGAUGCAAGGCGGAAUGGAAGGAUGCCAUUGUUAUUCUAGACAGGCUAUUUUUCUGGUUGUUUGUGUUGACUUUUUGUAUCUCAAGUUUCGCGAUUCUACUCGCUCCAACAAGCUAAAACAAACAGAUGUAUUCCUAUAGUCAUAGCCAAAUCAACUAUAUUAAACAAAACAGCCUAGUUCCUGACGUUCUCGUCUGUGGCGGGUAAAAGUUUCUGGCGUCACAUGAAGCCCUCUCCCAGGCCCCGCGCUUCCUUAAGGUUCAUUUUAGAGCAAAGGAUCCAAUAAGAACGCCAAACACUGAGCUAUAUAUUAGAGCAAAAGAGGGGUUUAAUGUAGCAAACCCAAAGUCUAUUGUGCCCAAAAAGCUAAGAGAAAAAGUGUGUGAAACUAGAUAUACAGGAUAUUUAUUCAUUAGCACGCCACAGGGGCGUGGCCAGGGGGUGGCCGAGGGGGCCCGGGCCCCCCUUCUAGCAACCAAAAAUACAGUUAAUGUAUAAGAAAUGAUCUAAAACAGAGGAGAAAAUAUCUUGAAAUGCCGUCCUGAUAAAAAUCCUGGCUACGCCGCUGCGCCAUACUAUGGUUGUUAGAUAUCAUACAAAUAUAACACUCUUUAUAGACGUUAGUAUAAACAAUCCGUCUUUGCAAACUGUAGAGGUCUUUAAAUUUCUGAAGUAGUUCAUGAUGCCCUAUCUGUGAGCAUAAGGGUGAAGCCGCCCAAGCAAAUCACAAGGAGAAUUUUAACUGUACCCCGUAUCGAACUCUAUACCCUCUCUUUUCUGCUCUGAAUAAAGGAAUUGAUCGUUA